CUGCUUCGUUGCUUUGAUCGAAAAUGGCGUCGUCUUCUCCAACUCAGCGUACUCACGUCUCAAUUCCUCCCGAAUCAGGAGGAAAGUCACUGACACAAGAAGCUAAUGAGCCACCAGUUCCGAUAUCAGUUUCGUCGCCGUGCGGGAAACGAACCAGAGAUCCGGAAGAUGAGGUCUAUCUUGAUAACCUUCGCUCUCAGAAACGUUAUCUUAGCGAGAUAAUGGCAUGUAGUUUAAACGGACUAACAGUCGGAGACUCACUUCCCGUCAACAUGUUAGAGUCUCCAGCUCGGUCUGAGAGCUUUCUUUAUCACAGGGAUGAUUUAUCAUUACAAUAUUCUCCCAUGUCAGAAGACUCGGACGAAGCGAGAUUCUGUGAGGACCCAACAGCAACAGCAAGUACUAGCUCAUCGCAACCCGAGAGCCGCCCAACUAGUCCAGUUUCACCAUACCGAUACCAAAGACCUCUUACUUCAACAAACUCACCACAACCGUCAUCAACAAUCUUACACCAUUCACAUACAUGUCCUACCUCCAUGAUCUCCAAUGCAACUACUACUACUACACCACAGUCGCGCCAAAGAGGAUCAGACACAGAAGGAAGGUUUCCAUCAUCGCCCAGCGAUAUCUGCCAUUCGGGGGACUUGAGGAGAACCGCUCUACUCAGGUCUGUUCAAAUGAGAACACAACCAUGUGGUUAUACUUCAAGUUCAGGGCCAAGCAAUAUUGACGGUGAAGAGAGGAUGUGUUCUAAGUCUAUGGAAGAAGAUAGAGGGGAUGAUAUCUCGUACACUGAAGUCUCUAGUAAGAGCAAGUCUUGUAAAGCACUGGACAUGAGACUCUGUGAAAAGUGAUGAAAGAGGCGUAGCUUUUUU